UUCUACAAGAUCCAACCACUCUCCAUCAAGCUUUUCCCUAAGAAAGUUCUAAUGGAAAACUCAGCACUGAGCAACUGCGUAAGGCGUACGAUAUUCUCUACUCAAAAGAGAACAAUGCAAGAGGAUCUAGAAGAGAGUAGUUGGACAAUUUACUUUGAAACCGAAGAUCGUACAUGCCAUUAUGAUGAUUCUUCCAUGAUCUCAGACGCUGCGUCCCCUAUGGCCUAUGUCGAAGAAGACACGGCUUCAUCUCCUUCUAAAAGAACGAAGGGUUACAGUGAGAUGGAAGACGAUACCACAGAAGAAAAAAACAUGAACACUACUAAAACUGAGGAUAAGGGAUUGAAUAAGAAAGGGAUAAUAAUGAAUGAAGAUUAUUGCGCAGAAUUGAAGAAGCGAGGACUUUGCCUAGUUCCUUUGUCCAUGUUGUCAAACUAUAUUGGUUGA